CAGAGCAAAGUAAAUCAACCAUCAUGCAGUCUGUUGUUGCCCUCCUUGUUCUCGGCCUUGCCGCUUUCGCCACCGCCGGCGUUGUUGGCCCAGUCGGCUACGCUGCCCACUACGGAGGCACCCACAACGUCCCAGCCGUCGGCUACGGUAACGCCGCCGUGUCUUCCUCCGUGACCCCAUCUGCCCUCGGUGGAUACGGUCUUGGCUACGGUUACGGUGCCGGUCUCGGAUACGCUGGUCUCGGCUACGGCUACGGUGCUGGUCUUGGCUACGCUGGUGUUGGCUAUGCCGGUCUUGGCUAUGCCGGUCUCGGCUAUGGUGUUGCCCAUGGUUACGGUCUUGGUCUCGGCUACGGCCACGGUCUUGGCUACGGCUACGGUCUUGGCUACGGUUAUGGCGCCCACGCCAAGGUUGUUUAUUAAAUUAUUUCAACACAUCACCGGUUCAGAACAGUCAACGGGCUGCAGGAUGAAAGGCGAUGAAGUUAAUGCUUCAUCAACGUGAUUGGCAUGAAAUAAAUUAUUGUGUGAGUGUCAUC